AUAUAUGUUGUAUAAGAUAGUUUUUUUCUUCUUUAUAUUAUUUACGAUUACGAAAAAGCCGUGGCUUUCCUAUUAGGUUUUUCAGUUGAAUUGAAGCGAUGGCUCCAACAGCUUCCGUCGCUUCUGAUGGUGAGGCCAAAUGGGAAUUCAGCUGUGACUUUGAAGUCGAUUAUGAGUCUGAGAAGAAAGCUUCAAUUGUCUAUAAUGCUUUAAUCGUCGAUAAAGAGUUGCAACCAGACAAGGUCAAAAGGGUGAUGUCAGUUUCUGAUGGAAAACUUUCAAUACACUUUGAGGCAGUGGAAGCAAGGUUUUUGCGUGCAUCAUUCAGUGCAUUUGUAGAUGUGCUUACUCUUGCCACAAAAACAGUCGAAGAUUUUGGACAAGAAGUGGAUUUCUGAUAGCCUUGCUGAUCUAUUUACAUGCCUCUCAAGUAUCAAGUGUCAUUUUUUGCUUCCAGUAGCUGUGAUUUUAAUUUGCAUCUGACCUGUAAUUUUAUCACAAUGUUUUGUUGUUGUUUGAUCGAGUGUGAUGGUCUUUUUGCACCCAUCAUUUGACCAUUGAGAUCUAACAAGAUAGCAUUUUCAAUACACAUUGUCCUAUAAUUCUCAUAUUCAGCUUAUUGACUACUUGAUGUGUUAUUUUUA